AUGAUCAACGGGGAUAAAGAGAACCCUUCAUGGCCAUCAUUCUUGAUUGACCUUGAUUUGGCAAUCGAAGAGAAGCGGGAUGGUGUUUCUGGAGGAGCAGAUAGAAAGACCGACACGAGGGCCUUUAAGGCAAUUGGCUCACUCCUGGGCGAGAAGCAUUCUUUCAUGCAUGAUCUUGAAUCAUCUUUCUGGGUGAUCUUUUGGAUAUGCAUCCACUAUGAGGGACCAGGUAAGGGACGAGUCGUGGCGAGGUUUGACAAGUGGAACUUUGUGGAUACGGACGAGUUAGCUGGUAUGAAGAAAGGCGAGAUAUAUGAAGCAGAUUUCGCAAGGUUCGCGAUUGAGUACUUCACAGAGCUUCACAGAGUACUACCAACCACUUAUCUUAUGCAUCAACACACUUCGCAAGGAAAUCUCCUAAUGGAAGGAGAUGGGCGAAGGAAGAUUCAGGAUUUCACGAUCACGCCGGGGAUGGUUUUGAUCCCGACGCACCAAUUCGACAACGACCUCGAGAAUAUUGCCAUCCUCAUCCAUCGGCUGCUUCAUCUUUACCUACGAUACAGAGGUCGCAAGGAUCACGCGCUAGAGAACGAGGAGCUCGUGUAUUCACGUCUUGCCCCAAUCCAAGGGACAUUCAUGCCAGUCUUAGUUGGCGGCCUACGACUUCGGCGCCGGUUCUCUUAUGACGGGAUCUCCCUGAUGUGUAUGGGCUUUGCCGGAAGGACGCUUGCGCAGCUCAUGGACGAUUACGAGCCAUUGCAGGCAUCCAACAAUGAUUACAAACCAAUAACGCUUCUACGCCUCACGAAGGGGGGGAUCAAUGCUAAAGACAAGUUUCUGAUACUCUUUUUCUCUUUCAUCGAAUACGAACGACUUGGAGUCAAACAAACCAGUCUGGCUGAGACGCUCGUAGGGUUACAAGGCUUUCAGGGAUGGACUUCCGAAGAACGGAAUGUUCUUUAUCGGAGUCUAGUCAACUUCGCUGAUUAUCUGAUGGAUAACUUCUUUCUACCACUUAAAACAUUGGCCGCAAAGACUCCUCAACCUACGCCGGCAUCAGUUUCUCGUCUGAAAGAGUCAGGACAAGCUAUUGGUACCCCGCAGCGCAUCUCUAAUUUGCGGAAAACAUGCCUUACACGUGAUCGGCAUCGAUGUGUGGUAACGCGAAAAUUCGAUGUCAGGGAGGCUGAAAGGCGAUACAAGUCUGAUGGAGAAAACGUGCAGGAUGAUGACGGGAAUCCUUUACUGCCGGAAGCCGAAGACGCGACUAAUCUAGAAGUAGCGCAUAUCAUUCCUCAUUCUCUCAUGUCUCAUAGUGACAGUGCCGGAGAGUCGAUACUAACUGAGCGAAAACAAAUAGCCCACAAGAUUCUGAAGAUGUUCAACCCGGGCGCUGUCUACCUCAUCAGCGGGACUGACAUUGACCGGGAGAUGAAUGCGCUCACUUUGACCCAUGAUCUUCAUCAAUUGUUCGGUAAUUUUGAGAUCGCGUUCGAACCAGUCCAGGGUCAGCAAUACACGUACAAGAUCGACUAUGUCAAUACAAAUCGCGGAUUUCGAGCCCAAAAACUUCCUGUUACCCGUACGCUCUAUAUUACUACCGACAGAAGUAUAGACCCGCCUUUUUCCCAACUUCUGGAACUGCAUCGUGCUAUCGGGCGUAUUCUUCACCUUAGUGCUGCGGGUGAAUAUCUCGAUAAAUUUAUCGAGGAUAUGAAGGAUAUUGAAGAAGGUGAAGUCUUCUCGAACGGGUCUACUCGAAUUGAUGAUUACGUUCGUUAUAAACUUGCGUCUGAAUUUUACCAGAUGGUUGUUUGCUAG